AUUGGAAGCUCGUAGUCAUUUCACGGAGACCCGUGCAUACCUUACAGUGAGGCAGUUUACGGAUGUACACGAAUGUCGCUCUCUCUCCUAGCUAAUACUUUGAAUUGUUAUUUUGCCGUGAUCUUCCAGAUGAUAUCAUAGUAUAGGCACAUUUGAAGAGCUGUUAGCCUGUUUCCCACCCACCUCCUCCUCAGAGGGAUUGCGAUGCCCUCUGAUUUCAUAUCUCUUCUUCUGAGCGCGGACCUCGACCUUAACUCCCCCAAGUCCCUCUACUCUAAAGAAUCGGUGUAUGACCUACUCCCCAAAGAGCUGCAGCUGCCACCCACCAUUGAGCCGAACCUCGUGGCCAUGAGUCAGAAAAGUGGCGGAGAGGCGGGUCCUCCUCCCUCGACGGCGUUUGCUUCAGAUGCCUCGUCCGCCUCCGCCUCCGCUCCUCUGACCAUGGGAAGUCCCUGCAGUGCUUUUCCCAACUCUUCCAGCUCCAAGGCGCACUCCUCUACCUCGGCCACAGAGCGGCCACCCGCACCCAGCACCUGCACUCCAGGAGAAGUAAGUAGUCGGGGGCUAUCUGAGCUGUUGGAUGCAGAGGGCAAAGUGUGUGGAAGCAGCACCAGCACCAGCACCAGGGCCAUGGGGAAGAAAGGAGGAGGAAGCGGAGGACUGGCUGCCCAGCAGGCCCAGCCACAUCACCAGAUGACUCCAUCCAAGCGCCCCGUCUUGAACAUCUCCCCCCCACCGGAGGACCUCUUCGACGACAGCCGCAUGUCCUGCCAGGACGAGCUGUCACUGGACUCAGAGCAGAGCAACAGCAUCUGGACAGAGAACUCCGUCUCCAACUUCAGCCUCAUGAGCUCCAGCUCCUACAAUGACAACACUGAGGUGCCCCGCAAGGCCCGCAAGCGCACGCCGCGCCAGAGGCCCGGACCAAAGCCCAUCCCCGCACAGGAGAGCAGCAUGGACAUGUUUGAUGCCGACAGUGCCAAAGCGCCCCACUUUGUGCUCUCCCAGCUGGGCUCAGACAGCAAGGCCUGCUCCAAAGGAAGUUCCGCCGACGGCGCUCAGGGGUGUGGUGUUAAAGGAGGGACGCUCUGUGGCCAGUUCCCCCAGAAGAGUGAAGGCAAGGAGCUGAAGAUGGUGGUGCAGCCCGAGACCCAGCACCGAGCCCGCUACCUCACUGAAGGCAGCCGAGGUUCUGUUAAGGACCGCACACAACAGGGUUUCCCCACUGUCAAGCUGGAAGGUGUAAAUGAGCCGGUGGUCCUGCAGGUGUUUGUGGGUAAUGAUGUGGGGAGAGUCAAGCCCCAUGGGUUUUACCAGUCUUGUCGGGUGACUGGGCGCAACACCACAGCCUGCCGGGAGGUUGACAUUGAGGGCACCACCGUCAUUGAAGUAUCCCUUGAGCCAAGCAACAACAUGACCUUGGCGGUGGACUGUGUGGGGAUCCUGAAGCUGCGCAACGCGGACGUGGAGGCUCGCAUCGGGGUGGCCGGGUCCAAGAAGAAGAGCACCCGGGCCCGGCUGGUGUUCCGGGUGAACAUCCCGAGGGCGGACGGCUCCGUGCUCACGUUACAGACGCCCUCCUCUCCCAUUCUGUGCACCCAGCCUGCUGGUUUGCCGGAGAUUUUGAAGAAGAGUCUGCACAGCUGCUCCGCGAGUGGUGGAGACGAAGUCUUCAUCAUUGGAAAGAACUUUCUGAAGGGAACCAAAGUCAUCUUUCAGGAGAACAUGGCAGAUGAGAAGUCGUGGAAAGCAGAGGCUGAAAUCGACAUGGAACUCUUUCACCAGAAUCAUUUAAUAGCAAAGGUCCCUCCUUAUCAAAACCCCACUAUCUCCUCUCCUGUAUCUGUUGGGGUCUUUGUGGUGACCAGCGCAGGCCGCUCGCAUGAUGUGCACGCCUUCUCUUACACUCCAGAACCCAUUAAAGUCGAUAUAUCAGUGAAGAAGGAGAUGUCCUCUCCAGUGAAGCCGUGCUCCUAUGACCACAUGAAAGCAAUGGACAGUGCCUCAAUGGCCCCUGUUAUACCUCUUGUUAAACGAGAAGAUGUCACUCCAAUGGAGGUAUCCAGUAACCCUUUGUCUUCAAGUGUCUUCAAGCAGACUCCAGAUGUGAUCAAUUCAACUCAACAGACCUCCAGUAUCCCCCCCAACAGUGGCUCCUUCCCCAGCGCCCUGCCUUGUCAGCCUAGUGAACAGGACCAGACCCAAAGCACCGCUUUUACCAGCAAAGAGGCCUUGAGCACCAUACAGAAACAGGAUAUUUCACCCGCUACUUCUUUCCCGGUGUCUGGAAAGUCUAUGCUCCCACAGGGACCUUUUCUGAUGCAGGGUAUAGACCAGGAGAGGUCUAACAGUAACGUGGGCACGGUGGUGUCUCUCUCCCAGCUGGAGGAGUCUGCCCAGCAGCAGGCCCAGCAGCUUCCCCUUCUUCCCCUGGAUGAGGUGGCACAACUGGAACAAGCUGUCCGUCAGCUGCAGGCCAAGGGUUUCUGCAGCCUUCCCCUGCAGUCAGAGAGUUCAUUGGCUAAGCAGCAACAGCAGAAACAACUUCAGCAGCAACAGCAGAAACAACUUCAGCAGCAACAACUGCAACAACAGCAGCAGCAGCAACAGAUUCAGCAGCAACAACUGCAGCAACAACAACUGCAACAACAGCAGCAACAAAUUCAGCAGCAACAACAAAUUCAGCAGCAACAACAGAUUCAGCAACAACAAAUCCAGCAACAGCAGCAGAUUCAACAACAGCAACAGCUUCAGCAGCAGCAGCAACAGAUUCAGCAGCAGCAACUUCAACAGCAGCAGCUUCACCAACACCAACACCAACACCAACACCAUCACCAACAGCAGCAGCAGCAGCUUCACCAACAGCAGCAGAUUCAACAACAGCUUCAGCUUCAGCAGCAGCAGGAGCAGCAGCAACAACAACAACAACAGCAACUUCAGCAGCAGCAGCAGCAGCAGCAGCAGCAGCAGCAAGCCCUUGAGAACCUUCAACAUCAGUUGUUUCAGCCACAGAUAUCAUUGUCCCAGAGUCCUCCACAGACCAUGGUACAGAACAAUGGCUCCCUCUUCCAACCAUCCCAGCAACAGCAGCAGCAGCAGCAACAACAGCAGCAGCAGCAGCAGCAGCAGCAGCAGCAGCAACAGGCGGCUCUCUUCCAGCAGGCCAAAGAGCUUCUCUCGAUUCAGACCAGUUUCCUCCAGCAACCACCCUCCCAUGCCUCUCCACCUCUGUUCCACAACCCCAGCCCCAUGUCUGAUACGCAGGACCCACAGGGAGGACUCUUUCACACCCCGAAGACGUCGCCUACUCAGGAGCAGGUCCAAGCAGCCCUUUUCCAGAACAGUCUGUCAACUCUGAAUGGCUCCACUCUCCCCUCAGAGCCGCAGGCAUCUGCUACAAGCCUGUUUCUCUCCCAGAAUGCUCUGCCAGGUCCACUGCCUGUCAAUGGAGGCCAUCAACAGCAGCUCACGUUCCUGAACACUCUGCAGACGACGAGUCUCGACACUCCGUCGGUGUUCCAGACUCAGGCCCAGAUGUCUGCCAUGCAGCAAAGUACGCCUAUGGACCAGCAGCAGUGCCCACAGCCUCAGCAGCCGACCCCUCAACCGGGAAACCUCUUUCAGAAUCUCACCCACUCACCCUCCAACGAACUCCCUCAGACUCAGCAGCAGCCAGCUGGCCUGUUGUUCUGCAACAACCCCCUUCCUUCUGUGAACCCUGAGCAGGCCUCGGGCCUGCUGUUCGGCACCCAGGCUCAGAUGUCCCCCCUGAGCACCACUAGCAUGUCAUCCCCAGAGCAGUCCAAUCCCAGUCUUUCCUUCUCUCAAGCCAACAUGGUGACUGUGAACAGACCAGAUUCGUCGGGGCCCAUGUCAUUCCAAAAUCAAACGUCUGUGGUAGGGGGGCCGACAGCGAACAAGCCGCUCCAGCCAAACCUCUUCGAGAACCAGCAGCCCAUGCAGUUAACUUCCAGCUCUAACGGAGGGUCUGCGCAGUCUGUUCCACUCUUCAUGGCUCAGUCCAGUGUGUCCCAGGAGCUGCCCCAAGCAGCACUGUUUGCCACACAGAACGGAGUCGCGGCGCUGCAGACCACCACCUCUUCACCUGCGCAGCAGCCGGGAUCGCUGUUCCAAGCGGCAGUGAAUGGGACCCUCAACCAGCCCAGACAGACUCAACAGCCAGGACUCUUCCUCUUUGAACUGCAGAAUGAUUGUGGCGGAUUGAUGAAUUCUGCUGGUACCACAUUGUCGGAUCAGAUCAUCGCCAUCAGCCAGUCGGGUCAGAACCAGAGGGAGGCUGAGGGGCAGAUCCAGCCCAUGCUCACCCAGUCCAUUGCGGAGUCUGGCAGCAUGCAGAACAGCAUGACCACCACUCAGAACAUCGAGAAAAUUGAUGACCUUCUUGUGAGCCUUCACGAUCAAGGCAACAACCUCUCUCGUUCCUAUUAGAGGACCUUCUGCUCUUGGCUGGCUGGCUGAUGGUCAGAUGGUCAGACCAAAACAAAGAGGCUGACAGGUGUUACAUUGCUUUCCGCUGUUUGAAAUGAAACAAGGCAAUAUGAAUUAUCUACUGGAUUAGGAGGAGGAUACAGGAUGCAGUUAACACAAUACACCUGUGCAGGAUCAUCAGGCAAGGCAUUCUGGGAAGUACUGCAUCUAAUGUUUCCUCUGUUGAGAUUGCUUCGUAUUAUUUUGUGUCGUCUCUCUCCAACUGUGAAUGACAAGUAUCAUAGGAUAGUCACGUUUUCAGUACGGCACUCUGAAGUGCAAUUUGUUUUUGUUUAUUUUUUUGUUGGUUUGUUUGUUUGUCAUUACAUGUUGAUACAAGCUCACAUGCAUGUGUCCUGUAUUAUUCAGGACAAGACAGUGUGGACUUUUUAACUGUUUAUAUCACAUUGUAAUUUGUAUAGCUAAUGAACUCUUUUAGAUGAAUGAAAUGUCCUAUUCAAACUCUAGAAAUCCAGGAGCAACACUUGUAAUGUGCCUUGUGUUCUCUCUUUCCCUAAGCACUUUAGAAUGUUCUCCAUUGUGACCAGUGUCUCCUCGUGGUGGACUCUCAGCUAUUAACUCUUUACCUUAACUAGUGUUUACUGUUUGUAUAUUUCCUGUAAUCUCUCUUCAUGCGUGUUUUGGGAGGACUUCAUUUUGUAUUAAGUACCGAAUACUCAUCCCAGCAAACCCAAAACAUACAGUAUGAAUUGCUCACUUAAUACAUUCAACAUAUCAUUUACUGAAUCAAAGAAAGGAAUCUACCUUUUAGGUCAUUUAAUAUUCAUUUGCUCACAAUUUUGUAAUGUGAAUGUUUGAGUAUUCUACAUGCAUCUGAUUGCAUACAUAUUUAUCAUAUGAACAUUGUAUGCCUCACAGUAUACUGUAUACAUCCCCUUGGAAACAUUAUUUAGUUAUCGUUUUUUCAUGCCUUGCAUCCAUGUUUGAGAUUGAUCAUUUGAUUGAAAAAGUAUGCUUCAGACCCUUUAUCUACUGAGGAGAGUUAUGCAUAUGCUGCCAUAUUACAAAAGAUGGCAGCCAAUUCAUCAUUUACUUUUUUGUAAAUCUUGCCAAGGUGCUACUUGCUGGAAGAGCAUAGCUUUUUUUGCCAUGCUAUUCACUACCUUUAACCAUAUUGUAAAUAUUAACAUUUACCUUACUGUAAAAUACAGUAUCAACAUUCUUGUGUAAAACUAGCCAUCUGAGAGACAGCCGUGGUCUCACCUCAUAUCCGGCCUUCUGGCCAGUUUUAUGGCUUUACUGGGUUUGGUAGUUCAUGAAUGUUCUGCAAUGUUAGAGACUGGCCAUUUUUGUUGUGCCUAAACCAUUUGGUGGGUGUGUUCUUCUAUCUAAAUCUCAAUGUCUGGCAUGUUGUAAAGAUGCCAAACUGGUUUGUGUGGUUUGUUUUCAUGUGUUCUAGUUUGUUUGGCUGGUGGACUUUAUGUUUUUGUUUCUAGAGAUAGUACACAUUACCAGGGGCUGGUCUCGGUGAUGACUAAUAGCUCGAUUGAGCCUCACUCUUGAUGUUGAUUGUUUAUCUUUGGUGAAUAUUUUUCCACUGUCUUCAUUAUCCUCUAAUUCAUUUGACUGUCGUCAGCGCAGAGAGUGUGAAAUCUCUGGGGGAAAUGAUGUCUGAUUCUGAUGGAAGAGCUUGAGUGGUGUCCUUUUAGAUGUUUUUAAAGGGACCUGCUGAUGAGGGAUGAAUCACACCACCUCCAAAUAAGUGCUGUGUUUGGCUUUCAUCUCUUUAAAAUACUGUUGGAUGUGUUUCUACACUGUCACAAGUGUUUAUGUGGACACGUAGUUGUCAUUCUAUCAUGUUUUCAUAUUAUCUCUCUUCAUGUAACCAUAUCUAAUUUAUUGUCUGGAGUGUGUAGUGAUUGUCUGCUCUCACUAGGUUUUUAGCACUGUAAGCAAUGUACACUACUUAUGUCAUAGGUUGUCAAUGAAUACACUUUCUAUUUUUCAUCAUUUUGUAAAUUAGUAAUAUAUUUGUCUAUACUUUGCCUAUAUAAUAUGCCUAUCCUAGGGGGGUAUCCAAUGAAUGAGAGGACAUGUAUUUUGAGACUGGGGGUGUUCAGCGAUACAGUUGUACAUUCCUGUAUGUUCACGUCUUCAUUUGUAUGUAUCAUAUAUGCAAUGUUGAAAUAAAUUGCAUUGUAUUUUUUUCAUCCAGAGCAUAUUUGUUUAGAGAUCGAGUAGUCCAAAUGAACUGAAAGCCCUCAAGUGAAAGAGCAGAAUGAAAUGUUAUGCCAACUAUGAAGCCAUACAAAGAAAAAAUAUCUAUCCCCAUUUUCAGAACAGACUUAUUUAUGUAGAAAAAUGUGUAAAUGGUGUAGGUUGCUGCAAUUGCCACCUCUUACAUUGGACCAAUUGCAAACAUAAGUACAUUCUUUAUUUAUAUAUAUAUUGAUAUUCAUAUAUAUUCUAAUGAAAGAUUGUAUACACUUGAGUUCUAACUUGGUGUUGAACUUGUUUUUCUAAUAUAUUUGCGGAAAUAAAUCUUUUUAUCAGAUAUUAAGCAGAUGUCACAAGUAGAAUAUUUUUAGAGAAAUUCAGUGUAUGUAUGUAAGAUAAAAAAACGAUAUGUACAUGAUCACACACCUAAAUGAGGACACAAGCAAAUAGAUUAACUAUUUUUUUAAAUAAAUUUACCAGUGAUUUUGUUUUUCCAUACCCAGGGUCCCUUUUAAUUUUUAAAAUUGUAUUUCCUGAGGUACAUUUGUAUUCUAUGUAACGCUUUCAAAAUGUUGACCAUUCAUAUGUGAUCAAAUGAAAAGAAUAAAGCAGUCAUAUAGGGGUCUCACCCAGUGAAUUGGAGGAUAUAUAUAUUUGUGCCUUGACAAACUUUAUAUUUAUAUGGAAACUACUUGGGCUCCAGUGGUGCCUGUUGCACAGCAGUGGCCCAGUUGUCAGUGGUUGUUGUCCUAUCUCAAUGUUAUAUAUAGCAAUUCACCAGAACUGUGGCCUCAUUUUGGCAACUCGAUAAGUGUACUGUGAUGUGCAAUUUUGUUUGUGCAUUGAAUGUUAUUUGUACAACCAUAUUCAUAGCAUUUGUUGUUGGAAGACGUCAGUGCCGUUGACAUUUUAUCUCAACCUGCCAUGCAGUUUGAUUCCAUGAAAUAUUAAAUCUGUUACUGUUUGAGAAUGUUAUCUACAUGAGCUUUCUCUUCAUUCUUUAUGACAAAGAAGAACUAUGACUAAUAUAAAUCUGCUGGUAACUGAUCUAGCCUUUUAAAAUAAAUUAUAAUUUUGUAGUGGGCCUCUAACUAGUUAUGAUGCCAGUAAACAGCUAUUCCGAAUGAAAUGAAUCAAUCAAUGACAUUGGGGGAAACAAAAUUUGUCUCUUUUUGUUUCAGUGUAUUUAUUAAAGUUUUAUCUGAAAAUUCAAUUAGGAAAAGUAUUGCCCUAGACAUGUCCGUUCAUGGUUUUCACUGAACCAUAUAGAUUUCUGUUUCUGUUACCAUGAUGCACUGUCAGGUAUUGGGAGUACAGAUUGCUUACAUGUUUUAGCUUCUGUGUGAACAACUUGUUAAUCAUUCAAAUCUAUUAAACAAAGAAAUAUAAAUAAAUAAUAUUUUUGCUUUGUUGGGGCAUUUGUAUACUUUUGCAGUUAUAUUUCUGUAAACUUGCUGCUAUCUAUCAAUAAAAUAGAUCCUAAAUGUA